AUGGCGACGAACAUGACAGAAGCAGCCCCAGCUCCACAGCGGCAGCUGUCCCAGAAAGAAGCUGACAUUCAAAUGAUGUUGGCUGCUGAAGUUCACCUAGGCACCAAAAACUGUAAUUUCCAAAUGGAGCGUUACGUUUUCAAGCGCCGCAAUGACGGAAUUUACAUCAUUAACCUUGGUAAGACAUGGGAUAAGCUUCUAUUGGCUGCCAGGGUCAUUGUUGCUAUUGAAAACCCACAAGACAUUAUUGUUCAGUCAGCUAGGCCCUAUGGUCAGAGAGCUGUUUUGAAGUUUGCUCAAUACACCGGUGCUCAUGCUAUUGCUGGAAGGCAUACUCCUGGUACAUUUACAAAUCAGCUCCAAACUUCCUUCAGUGAGCCUCGUCUUCUUAUCCUUACUGACCCAAGGACUGACCACCAGCCAAUCAAGGAAGCAGCCUUGGGAAAUAUCCCAACCAUUGCUUUCUGUGAUACUGACUCCCCAAUGCGGUAUGUGGAUAUUGGUAUUCCAGCCAAUAACAAGGGAAAGCACAGCAUUGGAUGUCUAUUUUGGCUUUUGGCAAGGAUGGUUCUUGAAAUGCGAGGCACCAUUCGUCCAGGGCUCAAGUGGGAUGUUAUGGUUGAUUUAUUUUUCUACAGGGAGCCUGAGGAAGCAAAACCUCAGGAAGAGGAAGAUGUGGUUGCUCCUGUCGACUAUGCACUUACUGGAGCUGACUUUAUGGGUGGUGCCACUGACAACUGGUCUAACCCUGUUGCUGAUAGUGGAUGGCCCAAUGAGGCGUUGCCAAUUCCUGCUGUGCCUGCCACAACAAGCUGGGCACCAGAACAAGCUGCUGCUGGUUUGGAUGAUUGGGGUGUUGCUGAUCCCCCACCUCAACCUGUAGCUGCACCUGUAAGUGCUGUAGUCGACGAAGGUGGUAAUUGGUAA